GCAAUAAAUAAAUAAAAAACAGAAGAAGAAAAUUGAAUACGUCAUUGAAAAACAUGGCGGCAUCGUUAGUGCGUUUUGUUCGCGGAGGUUUUAGCAGGACUUUGAAUCUUGCCAAUCAAAGCCCAUGUCUCUUGCAAGCGAGAUCUGAGGCUACUGAAACAAAACCCACUGUCAGACCCAAGGAUGCGGUCACCCAUAACCAACUUGCAGCUUUUGGAGAAUAUGUGGCUGAAAUGCUUCCUAAAUAUGUGCAGCAAGUCCAGGUGACGUGUUACAAUGAGUUGGAGGUGAUGAUCCAUCCUGACGGGGUCAUCCCUGUGUUGACCUUUCUGAGAGACCACAGCAACGCUCAGUUCCGUAACAUGAUUGACCUUACCGCAGUGGACAUACCCACCCGCCAGAAUCGCUUUGAGAUUGUAUACAACCUGCUCUCCCUGCGCUACAACUCCCGGAUCCGUUUGAAGACCUACACCGACGAGCUCACCCCAGUAGACUCCUCUGUGUCUGUCCACAAUGCAGCCAACUGGUACGAGAGGGAGGUGUGGGACAUGUAUGGAGUUUUCUUCGCCAACCACCCUGACCUGAGGCGUAUUCUGACAGAUUAUGGGUUUGAGGGGCAUCCAUUUAGGAAGGACUUCCCACUGUCUGGAUUUGUGGAGGUGCGUUAUGACGAUGAGGUGAAGCGUGUGGUGGCAGAGCCUGUGGAGCUCUCACAGGAGUUUCGGAAGUUUGACCUGAACAGCCCAUGGGAGGUGUUCCCAGCCCACCGUGAGGACAAGGCACCUGAGCUGCCAGCUGGGGAUAAGCCAGCUGACAAGUAACCAUCUACCCCAGAGAUAAAAUGCACACACCUAUAUAUAUAUAUAUAUAAUGACUGUACUGUUGAUGGACCCAUGUCCCGCUUGAGCCCACUAAAGUAUUUAUGUAAAUAAAAAAAAAAGGUAAACAUUUUA